AUGAUUUUACGUGUUGAUACAUAUCGUGGUUCAUAUCGUGCUUCGUUUUAUUCUCCAUUUUGGAUUAUUAACACAACUGAUCUUAAAUUUCAAUUUAAGAUUGAAAAUGAUAAAACAUUUAUUGAUUCAAUUGAUAAACCAGUUUUUGCUUGUCCAAAUAAAUAUCAUAGUGAUUCACAGAAAAAAAAAGGUUAUAUACGUUUAGUUAGUAUCGAAGAUGAUGAAAAUAUGUCUCAAUGA